AUGGAGCUGGCGUGGCACCUCUACCCGCCCGCGGGGCUGCUCGUCGAGACGCCGCUCAAGGCGGACCCACAGACACACGCGACGACGUCCAAGUGGCGUCAGCAUCGCGUGUCGACGGCCAUCUUUGUCGUGUCUUGCGUAGCGACCGCGGUCGUGCUUAUCGACUUGACCAUGGUUGGCAACGCGCCCACGACGCAGCCAGCCUCGGUGACGAUUGCUGCAAACGCCACCGUGGCGACCGCAGCUUUGGCAGCGUCGAGAACGGGUGAUCCACCAAGCCCCCCGCUGCUAGUGUUGCUUCUCGUCAUUCUCGUCAUUCUCGUUGGAGCUGGUGCGUACUUAAUGCACCGCCGGGCCCAGUCCAUCAAGGUUCUCGACCAAGAGGAACCAAAGCCCGUUUGUCUCACUGCCGAGUCGGCGCCUUUGUAA